ACCGCUUUAUCCUCGAGAAAUGCAUAAAUGCAGGCUCGUCCUCCCUACAGUAACGCGUAACUCCCCAUCGAAGAAGACGAAAAAGUAAUUAUACCAAAAAAAACAGCCGAUGAAACUCCAGACAUUUGUCUCACAAAUCAAAUGUCUCAGAAAAAAGUAAUUAUACUUCACUUUCUCUACUUCAAAAAAAAAAAAAAAACACCAUCUCAACGGUCACUUUUUUCUGCUACUUCCAUUAUUCUUAAUUCUGACCACCAUAAAAAAACAUAUUCACUUGAAAAACCACAAACGUUAUUAAUUCUCUAAUGGCGGAUUUCUUCUUCAGUUUCUCCAUAAUUUUUUCUCUCCUCCUCGCAGUACCCUGGCGGCCCAUUCAAGCCCAACAAGUUAAAGCAGUGGUGCAGCAGCAGCAGCUAUGGUGUGUGGCAAAGAACAACGCGGAGGAUUCCGCACUUCAGCAGGCCAUAGAUUGGGCUUGUGGGCCAGGAGCUGCUGAUUGUGGGCCGAUCCAAAAUAGUGGGCCUUGUUAUGACCCAAAUGAUCUCAUUGAUAUGGCUUCCUAUGCUUUCAAUGACUACUGUCUUAAACAUGGCAUGACUGAUGAAACUUGCAACUUCAGCAACACUGCUGCUCUCACUGCUCUUGAUCCCAGUCAUGACAAGUGCAAAUAUCCAUCAAGCACUUUCUCUGCUGCAAAUUCUACCACCCCUUCAACUGCAGGGAUUAUACCAGGUAGUGAAAAUCUAAGUGGGUGUCCUCAAUUUGCUGCCACACAGGUUUGGAUGUUAGCCCUCCUGAAUCUGCUUCUUGUAAGCUUUACAUGUUCCCUAUGACUGAUGAAAAUCGGAAGGAUUAAGAUUAAUGAGCGAAGUAGUUAAGCGGAGAGUGCCAUAUGAACAUAGAGUUGGCUCUUUAUCUUAUUCAAAUAUCAUUCCUAGUGAAUUUCUGUUCCCUGGUUUCGAUCCUUAUAUUAUGAUCAAACACCUUUUUUCCUAUAUAAUUUAUCUAACCAAUUGGUAGAUUUGUUGUUUCUGUACAGUGUGGUAUCUUAGCCCAUACAAUAUAAGUGAUUUUCGUGGUUU